AUUACUUUGGCAGAGAGAAAAGAUAUGAAGAUGACGAUGAUGAGUACUGUUUCAUGUAUUCUCAAGUUAAUAUUUGUUUUGUUGCAGUUCAACAUUCUUUUCUCCAACAAUUCUGGAGCUGUUGCUGAUUCAAAACAUGUUCCUUCUGUUUCUGUUGGUUGCAUAGAGAAAGAGAGACAUGCUCUGCUUGAGUUGAAGGCAAGCCUGGUGUUGGAUGACACUCUGCGUUUGCCUACUUGGGACAGUAAGAGUACUGACUGUUGUACAUGGCAAGGAAUCGUCUGUAGCAAUCAAACUGGACAUGUUGAAAUGCUUGAUCUAAAUGGCUAUCAGUUUGGUCAUUUUCUAGGUACGAUCAACACAUCAUUGAUGGAGUUGCAGCAUUUAAAGUAUUUGAACCUCAGGUCGAAUUAUUUUUCAAACAGUAUUUUCCCAGAUUUUUUUGGUUCUCUAAGCAACUUGAGAUACCUUGACCUCCAAUCUUCAUUUAACGGGGGUAAAAUUCCAAAUGAUCUUGCUCAUCUUUCGCACUUGCAAUAUCUUGAUCUUUCAUCGAAUGAACUCAAGGGUACAAUCCCUCAUCAACUUGGAAAUCUCUCUCAUUUGCAGUACCUUGAUCUUAGUGACAACAAUCUGGGUGGAACCAUUCCUCAUCAACUUGGAAGCCUUUCAAAUUUACAGGAGCUUAAUCUUGGAUACAAUCAGCUCAAUGUUGUAGGUGAGUGGCUUUCUAAUCUCACUCUUUUAACCCAUCUUGACUUGAGUGGCUUAUCCAAUAUCAAUUCUUCUCAUGUCUGGCUGCAAAUGAUUGCUAAGCUUCCAAAAAUACAAGAAUUGAAGCUAUCUCAAUGUGAUCUUUCUGAUCUUUACCUUCAUUCUCUGUCCCCUUCACUAUUGAAUUUUUCUACUUCUCUUACAAUCCUUGAUCUUUCAUCUAAUACCUUCUCAUCAUCCAAAAUAUUUGAAUGGGUUUUUAAUGCCACCCCCAACUUAACUGAGCUUGAUCUUAGCGGUAACAACUUCAAAGGCACCAUUGCAUAUAAUUUUGAUAACAUCAGAAAUCCUCUUGAAAGACUUGACUUGUCUGGUAAUGAACUACAUGGUGGAAUUCUAGAAUCAAUUAGAGACAUAUGUACCUUACAGUCAUUGAACCUUAAUUAUAACAAUUUGAAUGAAGAAAUUUCAACAAUUCUUCUCAAAUUGUCUGGUUGUGCUAGAUACUCGCUGCAAGAAUUGGAUUUAUCUUACAACAAAAUUACUGGCACAUUUCCAGACCUUUCAAUAUUCCCAUCACUAAUAACAAUUGACCUCUCAAGUAAUCUGUUAAGUGGUAAGGUGCUAGAUGGUGUCAGAUUUCUUCCAUCUAAAUUGGAGUCUUUGGCAUUUCAAUCCAACUCUUUGGAAGGUGGAAUUCCAUAUUCAUUUGGUAACCUAUGUUCAUUAAAGUCACUACACCUGUCAAACAACAAGUUGAGUGAAGAUCUUUCAGUGAUACUUCAUAAUAUGUCUGUUGGGUGUGCCAAGUACUCGUUGCAAAAUUUGAACUUGGAUGCAAAUCAAAUUACAGGUACGAUACCUAACAUGUCAGGGUUCUCAUCUUUAAAAAACUUGUUCCUAUCUGACAACCUAUUAAAUGGGAGCAUACUAAACAAUUCUACAUUCCCCUAUAAAUUAGAGGGUUUGUAUUUGGAUUCCAAUAAUCUGAAAGGUGUGAUCAGUGACUCUCAUUUUGACAACAUGUUCAUGUUAAUGGAUUUAGACUUGAGUCACAAUUCUUUGGCUCUGAAAUUCAGUGAAAAUUGGCUUCCUCCUUUUCAAUUGUCUACCAUAUAUUUAAGUUCUUGUAUUUUAGGGCCUUGUUUUCCAAAAUGGCUGCAUAGUCAAAAACAUCUUCAAGAGGUGGACAUUUCUAAUUCUGGAAUCUCAGAUGUAGUUCCAGUGUUGUUUUGGAAUCAAGCAACAUAUACAACUUUGGUGAAUAUAUCAUACAAUAAUAUCAUUGGCACAAUUCCAAAUUUGCCCAUAAGAUUUUCUGAAGGUUGUCGAGUAAAUCUAGAUUCAAAUCAGUUUGAAGGUUCAAUCCCUCCAUUUUUUCAAAGUGCAAGAUAUUUAGGGUUGUCGAAAAACAAAUUUUCAGAAAUUCGUUUGUUGUUAUGUACAAACACUACAAUUAAUAACGUUCUCCUAUUGGAUCUAUCAAAGAAUCAAUUAUCCACGCAGCUCCCUGAUUGUUGGAGUCAUUUUAAAGAAUUGACAUUUCUAGAUUUGAGUGACAAUACUUUGUUUGGUGAAGUUCCAUCCUCAAUGGGAUCAUUAUCUAAACUUAAGGUAUUAAUAUUGCGCAACAAUAGCUUAGCAGGGAAGUUGCCCAUCUCCUUGAAAAAUUGCACUAACCUGGUCAUGCUAGAUCUUGGAGAUAAUGGAUUAUCUGGACCAAUACCGUAUUGGUUAGGACAACAAUUGCAAAUGUUAAGCUUACGAAGGAACCAACUCUCUGGAAGUCUUCCACCGAGUCUUUGUUACUUAACAGACAUUCAGUUGUUGGAUCUCUCAGAAAACAAUCUAUCGGGACGAAUUUUCAAAUGCUUAAAGAAUUUUUCUGCAAUGUCUCAUAAUGUUUCCUUAACUAGUACCAUAGACUCAGAUUUAGCUUAUGUUGAAGGUAGAUCUGUAUAUUUCCUUGGCAGAAGCUUCGAUUUGAUUGCAUUUUUGAUGUGGAAAGGUGAAGAUCGACUAUUCAAGAAUAAUAAGCUCAUUUUGAGGAGCAUUGAUCUUUCAAGCAAUCAAUUGACAGGGGACAUCCCAGAAGAAAUAGGAAACUUGAUUGAAUUGGUGUCAUUGAAUUUAUCAAGCAACAAUUUGAGUGGAGAAAUUACUUCAAAGAUUGGAAGGUUAACAUCACUUGAUUCUCUUGACCUGUCAAGAAACUAUUUCUUUGGUCCAAUUCCUCCUUCUCUAGCUCACAUUGAUCGUCUCUCCAUGUUGAAUCUGUCCUAUAACAACCUCUCUGGAAGAAUUCCAAUUGGCACACAGUUGCAGAGUUUUGAAGCAUCAAGUUAUGAAGGGAAUGUUGAUCUUUGUGGGAAACCACUUGACAAAAAAUGUCCAGGAGAUGAAGAAGUUGUACAUCAGAAACCAGAAACACAUGAAGAAAGUAAUGAAGAUGAUAAAAAACCACUUUAUUUGAGUGUGACAUUGGGAUUUAUCACAGGAUUUUGGGGACUCUGGGGAUCAUUGUUUCUUAGCCGGAAUUGGAGACAUAAAUAUGUCUUGUUCUUGAACAACAUAAUUGACACAAUGUAUGUGUUGAAUGCAACUAAAUUUCAAAGGUGGCUUAGAGGCUUACUGGUAACCUUUUCUUCCCCCUCUUUUAUUCUUUCCUUUUUAUACUGUUGUCAAAUGAUUAACCACAUAAACCAUGAAUUACAAAUAUACAGCUUCACAAUUUCAUGAUCUCAAUUUGUUUAUUGCUUUUUUCUUAAAUAAGUUAAGCUUGAGCUUACAAUAAAACUGCUACAUAAAAAUUAUAGACCUUCUUUGAUAAGUUUUGUUUCUAAAAAUAUUUGUGUAGAAUUAUUUAGAUUUGAGGAUGACUAAAGAUUUGAAGCAUUUUACUGAAAAUGUAAGUUUAAAAAGAAUAAUAAAAAUUAACUGUUUAUGAAGGCAUAUGAAUAGCUUAAAAAUUGUAUUACCUUUCAUUUAUUUUUGUGUAUUUUACUUCACUCAAACUCAUGCAUUUCCAUUGAUUAAUUUAUUCUUUCCACAGGAAAGGUUUGUUUAAGCCUCUCCAGUUGAACCAUCUGCAACUUUGUUGAAGAAAUGUCGGUGAACAAGUAGCUGUUGUGCUCUGAUCAGACAAAGUAUAAAUAAGUUCAAAGUUGUAUGUUAUGUAUCAAUAAUUUAAAUAAUGAAAAUUUAUAUCAUAUGUUG